AUGGAGAAGGAGCACCAGCCAGAUUCUAUGGCUACCAUAACCAUGAAACCGGAAUACCCACCAUCUGAAGUAUACAGCGCUUCAGAACCUCCACCGGCAUAUCGUCAGAGAAUGUCAUCUUCAGUGCAAAUCGCGCGUAUCGCCGCCCUGACGGUGGUAGCAGCUUCUUUCAUCUUGGGCUCCUUCAUCCUGGCAUCCAGCUGGGUGUCAGCACGUGCCUCUUGCCAUCAGCUCGAGCAGCUCGAUGCCAUGCUGGACAAGGAAUUGGCUUUGGAGGGAAGGCCUUAUGGCAACGAUGGAUUAAUGCCCGAUGAGCCACUACCGAUUGCAAACGCCCAUGCACUUCACGCGUCACCGUCGUUGCUGGCGGAGACAGCCUCUGUGCCUGCGAAGUCUAAGCCUGAGCCAUCUCCUGAUAGCCUGCUGAAAGAAGACCCCUUGAACCACGCAGAAUCAAAAGUUGAUGAGGAUAAAUUGCAGAAAAUCGAUGACGAAAAGGCUGAAGCGCCUAAUUCGGGCAGCGAUGAAAGCUCAGAGUCUGACAGUUCCGGCGAGGAAGAUGACGACGAACUUAUGCCAAAGUUCACGAUGCCCAUACGUUUUGACCUCGAUGAGCUUGCGGGGGCUUUCUUGGCUAACAAUCAAAAAGGACGUAUGAAUUGUGUAGUUGAAAGACGCCAUGAAGAGGCUAUGGAGAAGCGCUUCCCCUUCAACAUCAUCAGCGCGCUGACGCCGCGCGGCCCGCAGACCGAGCGUAUAUCAAUUAUCUGCCAUGGCGGAGAAGAGAGACCUUUGCCAAUGUUCGUUGAGCCACAAUCUCAAGUUUUCGCGUAUCCUCUGUCUGGGCCGGUGCGUCUACCGCUACGUCCAGCGCCAGAGCGCCCAGAGCCUCAAGGACCUUUCAGAAUGUUCAAGAGUCUAGAACAAUCACCCAUGCCGCAGAGACAAUGGGAAUCUUCGGACGAACAGAUGAAUCCACCCCGCGAGAUGCGCAUCCACGUUCAACGUAUCUUUGGCAUCCCAGCUCCUCAGAACAUGCCGCCUCAUCUCGAGAACAUGGGACAGUUCGCGCCUCCUCCACCACCACCCCAGCCCCAAGAACAGAACGAGCGUGAGCAAGAAGAAAUGAUGGCACCCCGUCAGAUGCGAGUGAUUGCAAUUCCUGCCCCUCACAAUAUGCCACCCCCGCCUGAAAAUAUGGGUCCCUUCCAGCCGCCUCCACCUCCUCAGGCUCAAGAAGAAAACGAGCAACCCGCUGUUCUUCAUCAGUUUGUUCCUCAAUCUGCGCCCACACAAGAAAUGGAGCAACCUGAAGUGCAAAAGAUGCAGAUGGAAGGCAGCCCAGUGCAGAUGAAUUUACCAUGGGAUUUGACUCCCGAAGACUUGCACAUGAUCCACCGCACUGCGCAAGAGGCUGUCGCGAACCAACGUCGUGAACAACAAAUGGAUAAUGAUAUGCAAGAGGUAAAGACAAUAGUAAACAGUCUGGCAGCCGCUGAGGCGGAGGCGGAGCGUGCACCGCGCGCGCCGCGCACGCUGCUGCUGCCGCAGGACGCGCCCGUCGACCAGCGCCCGCACUACAUGCAACCUCGUUCGGUGCGCAGCGUAGAUUCGCAGCUGACCCAAAAGCGCGUAAAGCGCUGUGCGUGCAGCUGCGCC